AUGGCAAACCGGCUCCGUUUGGACUUCGCGUCAAGGAGAAGCCACACCGACCCGCUGUCAGACUGUUUCAGCAACCAUGGUGAGGAGAGCGGAGUCAUUUUGUCAGCUGGUACCCCCAAAGAGAGUCUGGCGCACAGUUCUCUACACUUCAAGGUGACUUCGCUGUCACCGGACUAUGGAAAUUUCCAAAGAUAUUCUUCAGUUUUAAUACCAAGGGUUAACAAAGGGGCAUGUAGCCAAAAAAGUGUCGUGCAGAUCUCAUUACAGCCCUGUGGUAUGCUCAGUGGAGACCUGGAUGGAGAUCCUGGUAGCAGUGAAGCUGGAGCUGUGGCAGGCUCUGAUGGAGGUUCGUGUAGCAGCAGUAUGGCCAGCGAUGCCGGGUACUGGAGUAGCAACAGUAUAUUUGAACCAGAGACCCCAGAGAAGCACAGGAACACCCAAGAGAAGAGCGUGCUCUGCCGCAAGUCCAAGGUCCCCUUGAGACGUUGUUCCUCCUUGGUUAUAUUUCCAAAGAGUCCUUGCAGCACGCCGCCGUCUUCUCCGGUAAACCCUGUCGCGAGAGGACCUUUCCAGGGCCUUAUCGCUGAUUCUUCAUGGAAUGAUGAGGAAUUAAUCUGGAAGGAUUCUGCCACAUCUGCAAGUGGCCAACAUUGUCUCAAAGGAAACUCUUCAUCUGAUUGUCGGGACACCAAACAUAUGGUACACUUCAAUAUUCCUCUCCAAGACAAACCUAAAUGCAAAGCGGCGGACGUUAGUCGCUCAAGAAGUGUUCUGCUACACUUUGCCCAGAAACCAGUUACGACUGGGAAAUUGACUGAAGUCCAUGCGGAAUAUCCCGACACUCCCUACCCAGUUAUAGAUCCUGAGACUAAAUGUGACCCUAAGAAAAAACUGUACCGUAGUACUUCAGCUUGUUUGUUUUCAUCCGUGAAACCAUCAGAGGAAAAGCACUGUGCCUCAGAAAAAGGGCAGGGAAGGUUAGAGGAAAACCAUUGUCAUCGCGCCAUACAACGGAGCUUUUCUUUGGAAGUGCCCUAUGCAAACACUGGGAUUUCCUGUCAUGUUUCCAACACAAAACUCGGGAGUACAUACUCUCCACACGUGCAUAUUCAUCUGUCUCCAUGCUGUCCAACUAAGUUGCCAAACUUACCUAAUGAUGCAGAGAAAAGCAGGGAUGGGAACAGUACUACAAAUAACUUAAGUUUAAGUGCUAAGACGCGUGAUGACUUUCUGGGACAGGUGGAUGUUCCUCUCCAUCAGAUACCAACAGAAAAUCCUGAUUCGCCAAGGCCAUACACAUUCAAGGAUUUUCUGCUUCACCCCAGAAGUCACAAGUCCAGAGUAAAGGGCCACUUGCGACUCAAAAUGACUUAUAUGCCAAGGAACCAGGGAUCAGAUGAGGAACAGACAGAUCAAACUGAAAACACUGAUCCUGCAUGGGAGCUUUUGGAAUCUCAGGACAUAUCGGGCCCAAUGCAGAGCCAGCAGGCACCUAUUCUGCCCCCUGGCUGGGAGGAGCGUCAGGACAACCUGGGAAGGACCUACUAUGUCCAUCAUGAGAGCAGAACCACACAGUGGCAGCCGCCUACAUUACAUGACAAUAAUGUGGACACAAGGAGGCAAAACACUACAAGACAGAGGGCGCAGAGUUACAUUACACGCAGACAAAUCUCAGACCCUGAUGAGACCACUGCACAAGAUGAGGAAUGGGAGGUUUUGGAAGAUGAAUCCACUCUGAACCAGGGCAACCGGCUCACUUCGCCCCCGGAGAUGCAGAUGUUGAAUGAUGAGCUAAGAAACUUGUAUAUUACUGGGGCUGCAUCUUACGACCAUCAGGCGGAUCAUGGGUGUAAUUCAAGGCAUUCCAAUCGCGCAAGAAGUUUUCACAUGUCAACAACAGCGGAACAUCCUGUUAAUUCUGCGCUGCUUGGGACCUCUGAGGUGCUGCCUCCAGGAUGGGAGGAAAAGAGAGACAGUAAAGGAAGACGCUACUAUAUCAACCACAAUAAGCGAACCACCUCAUGGAUACGACCCCGCAUGCAUAGAACAAAUUCAACAUCAGCUGCCACGCAGAGUCGUGCGAGUCCGCCGUCCAUCACUCCGCCGUCCAUCACGUCUGUGUCCCCUGUAGCAUCUCCCCAGCACACUCCCAGCCCGGAAGCCACAUCAGAGUAUGGCUCUAUGCCAACUGGUUGGGAGGUCCGCAGUGCUCCCAAUGGAAGACCGUUUUUCAUUGACCACAAUACAAAGACUACUACCUGGCAAGAUCCCAGGCUUACGGUUCCUGUUCAUGCAAGGAGUAGACCCUCACUGGACCCAUCUGAUCUUGGCCCAAUGCCACCUGGUUGGGAGGAGAGGGUCCACACAGAUGGGAGGAUAUUUUACAUUGAUCACAAUACAAAGAUCACACAAUGGGAUGAUCCUCGAUUACAGAACUCAGCAAUAACUGGACCAGCUGUGCCUUAUUCCAGAGAUUACAAACAGAAGUAUGAUUACUUCCGCAAGAAGCUAAAGAAACCAGACAACAUCCCGAAUAGAUUUGAGAUGAAGGUGAGACGAAACGCAGUGUUGGAGGACUCGUACCGGCAAAUCCUCCUUGUGAAGCGGCCAGACUUGUUGAAAGCGCGACUGUGGGUGGAGUUCGAGGGAGAAAAGGGUUUGGACUACGGAGGUUUGGCCCGGGAGUGGUUUUUCCUCAUGUCCAAGGAAAUGUUCAAUCCCUACUACGGACUCUUUGAAUAUUCUGCCACUGACAACUAUACACUGCAGAUUAAUCCCAACUCAGGUCUAUGUAAUGAGGACCACCUAACUUACUUCAAGUGCAUUGGCCGCGUGGCAGGAAUGGCCGUCUGGCAUGGAAAACUACUUGAUGCUUUCUUCAUUCGGCCUUUCUACAAAAUGAUGCUGCAGAAGCCCAUAACCCUGCAGGACAUGGAGUCUGUCGAUAGUGAAUAUUUUAAUUCACUCAAGUGGAUUUUGGAGAACGACCCAACUGACCUGGAUUUGAUGUUUACCAUUGAUGAGGAGCUCUUCGGACAGACUCACCAGCAUGAGCUGAAGCCCAACGGUGCAGAGAUUGUUGUCACAAAUGAAAACAAGGAUGAAUACAUCCAUCUUGUGAUCCAGUGGCGCUUCGUAAACCGAAUCCAGAAGCAGAUGACUGCCUUCAAGGAUGGAUUCUUUGAGUUGAUCCCUCAGGAUCUGAUCAAGAUCUUUGAUGAGAACGAGCUUGAGUUGCUCAUGUGUGGCUUGGGAGACGUGGAUGUGAACGACUGGAGACAGAACACCAAGUACAAGAGUGGCUACAAUUCAAACCAUGUGGUAAUCAGCUGGUUCUGGAAAGCGGUACUGCUAAUGGAUGCCGAAAAGCGAAUUCGUCUCUUGCAGUUUGUGACGGGAACAUCUAGAGUGCCAAUGAACGGUUUUGGAGAACUCUAUGGAUCUAAUGGGCCGCAGCGGUUCACCAUUGAGCAGUGGGGAACACGGGACAAACUGCCGCGAGCACACACGUGCUUUAACCGUCUAGACCUCCCACCCUACGAGUCCUUCGAGGAACUUAGGGAGAAACUUCAUAUUGCAAUCGAGAAUGCGCAAGGCUUUGACGGUGUGGAUUAG